AUGUCUACUCACAUGCAAAUCCCGGGCACUCCCCGGGUCAUCUCUCCGUCGCCCGAUCCAACUGACGGUCAAGACGGCAAGGAGUAUUUCGGACCCGUGACUCGUUCGGCGACGCGCGCCGCUUCGAAAUCGCCGCAAAAGAAGUCUGCGUCUGCAAUCGAUGAGGCAGACGAGAGCUCAGACUCGAGUCUCGAGAAACGGGCCAGGACACGAAGCAGAAGUCCAGUUCUCGAGGGAAGACGGCGAAGGAUGAGUGGAUUGACAACAAAAACGACUCAAAACGGCAGUGCAUCGAAACCUAGCAAGAAGACUGCCACAAAAGACACCUCGGAUCCUCAACUACAAGAUGGAAAGCCACAAUCCAACGGUCACUUGUCGCCAAUAAGCGCCAGCAUGAGCAGCUAUUGGCGUGACUUUAGCCGCAGCCCAAGCCCCCUUGGGCUCAUUCCUGUUCACAGACAUUUCCGAUCAUUUAUCCAUCGUCACGAAGUUCCUCGCAAAGUCCUCCAUGUCUCGAUUGGUUUCUUCACGCUCUAUCUCUAUACCAAGGGCGUGCAAACAUCAACUAUUACUCCAUGCCUCCUUUCGGCGCUCAUCCCCAUAGCGUCUAUUGAUAUCCUACGCCACAAGUCUCCGUCGUUUAACCGACUCUACAUUCGCGUGCUCGGCGCGUUGAUGCGAGAAUCCGAGGUCGAUGGCUACAAUGGAGUCAUCUGGUAUCUCCUCGGUGCAUGGAUUGUGCUGGGCUGGUUCCCCAAGGACAUUGGUGUCAUGGGCGUGCUACUGCUCAGCUGGUGCGAUACCGCUGCUAGUACCUUUGGUCGUUUAUACGGCCGCUACACCAUCCGCAUUCGCCAUGGCAAAAGCCUUGCCGGUACUCUUGCUGCACUGGCAGUGGGAGUUGUCACCGCCGCCGCUUUCUGGGGCUGGCUAGUACCCCGUAUUGGCACAUUCCCCGAGAACCCACCCAACCCAUUCAUGUUCACAGGAACACUGUCUCUUCCUGAGCCAGUGCGAGAGUUACUCGGAUGGGGCCCGGAGCGUGGAGUUAUUGGAGGCAGUCUCGCACUAGGCAUCAUGAGUCUAUGGUCCGGCAUCGUAGCUUCGGCAAGUGAAGUAGUCGACCUCUGGGGCUGGGACGACAACCUGACCAUUCCUAUUCUAAGCGGUCUCGGUCUCUGGGGCUUCCUCAAGAUCUUUGGCUGA